AAAAAAGGGGACGCAGCCAACUCCGCCCUUCUCCAAACCAACGACGAUGCGAUAAGAAUAACCAGGCGAAAACACACAAAGUAGAACUCAUCUUUCACAUAGUUUUAUAAUAUUCUGUAUGGUUAUUGUCACAUUCAACCCCUGAAGUUUCUACGUAUUCAAACGGUUGCCUGGUUACAGUAGAACGAAGUCCCGCCCCGACUAUAAGUUUAUAUUUCAUGAAAUGUUAUUCGGUUGGUCUGUUAUUGUGCUUUAGCACGAGUUUUAAAAAAUGUAUCUCCAUUUCAUAUAUAUAUAUAUAUAUGUGUACUUUGUGUUUUUAAAUAACAAAACAUGUUGGUUGUAAAAGAGUGAGAUUUGCAACUCUCGCGAUAACUCGCGUUGCUUAGCAUGACCCAGAUUAGAGUGCUACCAAAAGUUAGCCUAUAAAACUCAAGCGAGCUCGACAGCUGUAGACAGACUUCCUUUGGUCCUGUAAUGAUGACUCGACUCGAGUGCCUUUUGCUGGACUAUAUGGCACGCAUACAUUUGUGACUGUGUCACGGUGCAGUCGGUAACGACAGAGCAGUGUCUGUUUUAGCUAGGUAGCACUUUGAGCUAGGAUUCCCGUUAGCAACCAGUGGUAGGUAACGUAGCAACUGCAGACGCUUGUUUCAUCCACUGCUGCUGUCACCGAAGCCUCGUCUAAUCUACAGGGGAUCAAGAGCAAACAUCCACGAUGAGACUGAAAACAUGGCUCUUAAAGGAACCAAAACAUGAGGAACUUGUGAGCUGUGUUGGCUGGACUACAGCAGAUGAACUGUACUCAUGCAGUGAGGACCACCAGAUCCUCAAAUGGAACCUGCUGACCAGUGAGACCAGUCUAGUUGUCAAAUUGCCAGAGGAAAUUUACCCUAUUGAUCUUCACUGGUUCCCCAAAACUGUUGGUGUCAAGAAACAGACCCAGGCUGAGGUCUUUGUCCUUACCAGCUCUGAUGGAAAGUUCCACCUGGUCUCAAAGAUAGGGCGUAUCGAGAAGAGUGUUGAAGCACAUAAUGGAGCUGUUUUGGCUGGAAGAUGGAACUAUGAUGGCACUGCUCUUAUCACAGCUGGAGAAGAUGGACAGAUCAAGAUCUGGUCAAAAAGUGGUAUGCUGCGCUCAACACUAACCAGCCAAGGGUCUCCUGUGUAUUCUGUGGCCUGGGGUCCGGAUUCAGACAGAAUACUGUAUACAUCAGGAAAACAGCUAGUCAUCAAGCCUCUGCAACCCAGUGCAAAAGUCUUACAGUGGAAGGCUCAUGAUGGAAUUAUCCUGAAGGUGGACUGGAAUUCAGUCAAUGACUUCAUUCUCUCAGGUGGUGAAGACUGUAAAUAUAAGGUAUGGGACAGCUUUGGCCGUCUGCUUUACUCCUCAUCAUCACACGACUACCCAGUCACCUCUGUGUCCUGGGCUCCAGACGGAGAGGUGUUUGCCAUGGGCUCCUUCAACACCCUGCGGCUCUGUGACAAGACUGGAUGGUCCUAUGCCUUGGAGAAGCCCAACACAGGCAGUGUGUUCACCAUUUCCUGGUCUGCAGACGGCACUCAGCUGGCUGGGGCCUGUGGCAAUGGACAUGUCAUCUUUGCCCAUGUGGUGGAGCAGCACUGGGAGUGGAAGAACUUUGUGGUCACUCUUACAAAGAGGCGAACCAUGCAGGUGAGGAAUGUGACCAACGAUGCAGUGGACAUAUUAGAGUUUAGAGAUCGUGUCAUCAAAGCUUCAUUGGCAUAUGGUCACCUGGUCGUUGCCACUUCCCUCCAGUGCUAUGUUUACAACUCAAGAAACUGGAACACUCCACUCAUCUUUGAGCUGAAGGAGGGAACCGUGAGCCUCAUCCAGCAAGCAGAGAAACACUUUCUUCUUGUGGAUGGAGCAGGGUUGUAUAUGUUUUCCUAUGAGGGUCAACUGAUAUCCUCCCCCAAGUUCCCUGGCAUGAGAGCUGACAUCCUGAACGCCCAGGGUGUCUCGCUCAGUAACGACACCAUUGCCAUCCGGGAUAAGCGAGAUGAAAAAGUCAUCCUUCUCUUUGAUGCCUUGACUGGGAAAGCCCUUAGUGACGGGAAGCCCUUGACCCACAAGUUGGAGGUGGUGGAGAUAGCUCUGGACCAGUGUGGCCCAUCCACAGAAAGGAAGAUUGCCCUUAUAGACAAGAACCGUGACCUUUACUUAACCUCUGUGCGUCAUCUUGGGCGAGAACCCAAAAUCUGCAAAAUUGGUAGCAUGGUUCACAGUAUGGCGUGGAAUGACACUGCUAACAUCCUGUGUGGGAUCCAAGACAGCCAGUUCACAGUGUGGUACUACCCCAGUGCGGUCUUCACUGACAAAGAACUGCUGCCAAAAACACUUUACAUAAAGGAUGGCAGUGAGUUCAGUCGAGCCCCCCACAUACUGAGCUAUGUCGGUACCAUGGUGACAUUACGCCAAGGAGACGGUUCACUGGUGUAUAGCAGUGUACCUCCCUACUCAACCGUGCUCCACGAAUACAGCACAUCUGCACGCUGGGAGGAUGCGCUGCGCCUCUGCCGCUUCGCCAAGGACCAGUCUCUGUGGGCGUGUCUUGCGGCAAUGUCUUUGGCAAACAGGGAGCUGACUACAGCAGAGAUGGCCUAUGCUGCCAUUGGAGAGUUACCAAGAGUGCAGUACAUCAAACGUAUAAAGGAGCAGCCGUCCAAGGAGUCUUCUUUGGCCCACAUGCUGUUGUUCAGUGGUCAGGUCAAGGAGGCUGAGGCCACUCUUUUACAAGCCGGCCUCAUCUACCGUGCCAUCCAAGUCAACAUUGACCUUUUCAACUGGGAGAGGGCACUAGAGUUGGCAGUCAAACACAAGACUCAUGUGGACACCGUGUUGGCCUAUAGAGAGAAGUUCCUCAAGAAAUUUGCCAGAAAGGAGACCAAUAAGAGAUUCCUGCAGUAUGCUGAAGGGGUGGAGGUGGAUUGGGAGAAAAUCCAGGCGAAGAUAGAGAUGGAGUUGUCUAAAGAACGAGAGAAAGCCGCGAACGCCUCUGUGAGGAGCAGUGUGGCAGCUCGCCGUUAAUGUGCAGGAGACUUUCCUCUGAAACACCAGCUUUUGUAAAAAUGUUUUUUUUCCAAUGGAAUAACUUUUUUGUGAUUUUUGUUGUUGAUGUGUGAUUGGGCUUCAGUGGAUACAAACAUUGUAACAUUAUUUAUACACUGCGUCCUUCAUCUGUCGAGCAAUACUAUCAGACCUGACUGAGGGAGAAUGAGUACAAUGGUAAUGCAGGGUUGGGAUGACAAGGUUUUACUGAGUUGUAGACUUCACCUCUGAAUCAUUUUGUGGGCGCUUCUUUGUGUUUUCAGUCAUAUUUUAACCUGUUUGACCCACUUUACUAGCGCAGUGUUGUUGUUGUUACCUGCUUCUGUCAAAUCACCUCCUGUGUGCAGUGCAGAAUUGUCACCAGGUGAUGAGAUCUAAGCACAGCUACUCAGAGAAGUACUGUACAUAAAGAGUUGCUUGAAUCUUCUCAUUCUUCUUCUAAUAAUGUCAGCAGGCUGUACAGUGAGUGCUGUAAUGUUGCUGCCCUCCACAGUUCAAAGUUCAUAAUCACAGUUGUCUUCUCAUCCUCCCUCAUCACAGUUCUCAUCUGCACUCUCUUCUUGCUCUUGUUCUUGUUUUUGUUCUUCUUCUAAUAAUAAUAAUAAUGCCGCCCUCCACAGUUCAAAGUUCUUGAUCGGUUCUUGGUGGCAUCAGAACUUUAAUUUUAAAAAACGUAAAGGGAACAUUUGGAGGUGUGAAAACUUUGAAUGUAGAAUAUAUCAUGUCCACACUAUUACAGUAUAAACUUGCUUUGAAAUAUAAAACAUUUGCAAAUUUUUACACGACAUCCCAUUGCUGUGGGUCACUGAUUUAACUGUCCAUAGUAUCAUGAACUCAAAAAGAAAUUCAGUAAAUCAAGCUCAAGAUUAAGUCUUAUCUUUUUUUUUUUUUCCCAUUUGUCAAAAGUAACUUAGUAUGUUCAGUCAUGCACAAACAUAUUGCUUGUUUUUGUUUCUGAUGUUUGUUUUAUAUCAAGAUAUAUUUUUACAGUUGAUGUGUUUUACAUAUAUAUUCAAAUGCCUUCUGUAAAGAAUCUCAACUAAUAAAACAGAAAUUCUGAGU